UGUUGUUUGGAACUAAAAGACGAUCAGACUUUACAUUCUGAAGCACAGAUUUCAUGGAUUCAGAUUCCAACACUGUGGUUGUAACUGGUUUCGGUCCCUUUAGACAAUAUCUGGUGAAUUCUAGCUGGGAAGCAGUGAAGGAGCUGUCCAAGCAAGGUCUUGGUAAAAACAUAGAUCUCCGUAUUAUGCAGCUGCCGGUGGUUUACCAAAAAGCAAAGGAGCAAGUCUUCAAAAUAUGGACAACUCUUCAGCCACUGCUCACUGUUCACGUUGGGCUGGCUUCCUCCGCCCCGGGAAUCGUCCUGGAGCAGUGUGGGAGGAACAAAGGCUACCGCGAGCGGGACGCCUGCGGCUUCCACCCCGAAGGUGGCUGCUGCGUGCCGGAUGGUCCAGAAAAGAUUGAAUCUGCAAUUAACAUGAAGACGCUCUGGAAAAACACUUCAGUGGAAGGCAUUGAGAUAAUCUUUUCCAGAGAUGCAGGAAGGUACAUCUGUGAUUACACCUACUACACGUCUCUCUACUACGGCCAGGGGAGAGCAGCUUUCAUCCACGUACCUCCGUUAUCCACAUGGGUAACUGCAGACUUCCUAGGAAAAGCAUUACGGAGAAUUAUCUUAGAAAUGUUAAAACAGUGUGGGAAAGAAACGGAAUAA